AGGACGCUGUUGCCUCGGAGACAGCCUGGGGCUGAGAGCCCGAGGGCGCGGCGGGUGGGGGCCCGGCACUGCGCGAGCCUCGGGGGCGGUGAGGGGAAGCCGGGGCAGACCCAGCCGGGCCAAGGCCAUGGCCGGACACCACAAGGAAAAGGUGAUGCUGGAUGAGGUGCGUCACAACGAGAUCUUGCAGGAAUUGUACAUCAAAGAGUUGCGAAGCCAGAAACUCUACACGGAGUAUCACGUGAACCCCCUGCGCAAGGUUCACACAAUCACCAGAAAGCCCAUGUCUUGGCAUGAUAACCUGGAGGAACCUGCAGAUGACAGGUUUCUGAAUAUUAUUCACCAUACCUCCCAGGUGCCCAGGAAGAAAUACCCCGAGACACAGACUGAAAACCAAGAAUAUGGCUGGUUCUCAGAGCCCUUGGUCAACCCAGAACGUGAUGACACCAGGCUGAACCACUUCAAGGUCUACAAUGACAUCACUCUGUACAAGGCUAAACUGUGGAGCUUGGGAGAAGAUGAUCGCCACAAGUAGUUUGCCAGCAGUGGUGUCUGACCACCUUUCAUGUCCAAAGUGCGUGCUGCCCAGAUAAAUAAAGGUCCUUCCCUUUAAAGUC